UGAAAUUCGGGAGAAAUGAUAAGGCGACUAUUUAUUCCAUCUCAACAGUUCUGGACUGCUCAGUUCAUUUUCGAAAAGAGAUCGCAGGAUUCGCAGCAGUUGCUCAGCUCCAAUCAAAACUCAAAAGAAACAGCAAAGAUGGGUUCGUCUUCGUCAUCAUCAUCUUCCAAACAAACCGUCCAACCGGUUAACGUAGACGAGCCAGAGUUGCAUUUCGCUCAUGCGAAUGCUGCUGCGGUAGAUUUGAUUUCCUUUGAGCUGGUCGACGCCAGCAGUGGUCAACUUAGUCAAAGCCUCGACGACAAACAUUCCCUCGGUUCUUCCUAGGCCUCUAUCCUUCUGCUGGAGACGAGAACUCUCACGAGAAUUGAUGUGAAUUUAUUGGCUGAACGACAUCCAACCCAUUUGUAGUGAAUUAUACUAUCACAACAAUAAGACCCUUUCAUUGUAUACAAGUUAAGCCGACAUAUAACAUACGAUGAAUUGACAAAUACAAUUGAUGUAACCAAGAAA